CCAGCCAGUCGACCAGACACACGAGCGCGAGUUUGAAAUCGAAAACCUGGCCCAAACUGAAAUUCAAAACCGUCGAAAUAGCAGUAUAGCAGUAUAGCAGUGAUCGCAGAUUGCAACGAGCGUGGGCUGUAAUCGGAAGUGUUAAGCAAAAAUAAAUAUUUGUAUAAUAAACAAAAAGCCCAGCAGCUGGAGCUGGAACUAAUUGAAAGCCUCCCGGCUAAUUGCCAAUAAUGAGGAUUGCCGAAAUUGGCAACCGCUGAGAAAAUAGAUAAUUUGGAAAAUCUUGUGCGUGUGUACGAAGCCGUGAAAAGCCAACGGCAAAUAAAUUGCAAAUUAAAUCGGCAUAUUAAUACGAAAGCACCGAAGGAUCACCAUGAAAUCGUGGCUGCUGGCUGUGGUGGCCCUGGCAGCAGUUGCAUCUGGCAGCCAGACUCCCAGUGCGAAUCAAUACCAUAUCCAGACGGACGAGGGACCGGAGCGCUACUUCCGCUUCCAAACGGACAGCGGACAGUUUCGCAAGGAGAAGCGGCUCCAGGAUGGCACAGUCAUUGGAACUGAGGCCUGGAUCGAUGCCGCGGGCUAUCUGCGACAGAAGGACUACAUCGCCGAUAAGCAGGGAUACAGGAUACUGAAGUCCAAGACCAUCUACGUGGGCCUAGGAAGGGCCGUUGAGGACGCCAUCAAAGCCACCAAGGCGGCUCCAGCUCAAUCGGGUGUCCUAGUGAAUGGCGGCUCCUCGGGAUCUACGGCCAACAGUCUGGGCAGCUAUCGACGUCCCAGCUAUGGCUACAUCUCCAGCACCACGUCCACCACCACUCCUGCUCCAUAUCCACCACCAGCUCUGCUGGACGUCGAGGAUUCCGGCGCCGGCAAACUGAAUUACUUGCCCCCCGAACAAGCGGCCAAGAUUGAGCCACAAUCACAGCUCGGAUUCGAUCACUAUCCGGAUGAGCUGCCGCGGGCGAGGGAUCAGCUACUGUCGCCCCUUCCGGCCACGCCGCUGGGCCCACUGGUGGACAUCCAUUCCAAUGGUGACCCUGUCCAGGACGUGGAACUGAAUGCCAUCAAUGUGUACGACGCGGAAGCGGAUCGAGCUUUCGGCCAUGGACAAUUCGGUUCGGUUAUUAGCUCCACUACGGCCAGACCUCCAUCACUGGAUAUGCUACCUCCACUGAGUGCCCACAGGCGACGUCUGCGUCCGCGUCCGACUCCAGCUCCCAUAGCCAUCGUUUCCAGCACACCAGCGCCCAUUUCUGGCGGGGAUUUGUAUGGCUACUCCACGCCGCAGCCCUUCGCUGCCCCUGCCUAUCAAUUCGCCCCGCCAGCCACGUCCUCCACGUCCACGGGAUAUGGCUACUAUCCGCCUCCGCAGUCCCCAGUGGAUGUGAACUCCCUGGAGUCGGCACUUCUUCCGCCACUGCCCAACACCUACCGAAGACGCCUGCGUCCAAGGCCAGUCCAGAGCAAUCACCUCGAGGGAUUGUCCGCCUCCGAAUACGAUGGCGUGGCAUCGACCCGUAAUGGAUUCCGGUAUGUGCUGCCCAAGCAGUACCACGAGGAGGAAACGAAUCCGGCGGACGGAAAACGAGCGGGCAGCUUUGGCUACGUGGAUCCCUUCGGAAUCCGGCGGGUGGUGUACUACAACGCAGCUCCCGGCAGGGGAUUCGUGCAUCGGAAUAACAACCAGUUUGUGGGCGCCAAUGGAGCGCCAUUCGAUUCGCCGGGUCCGGCGCAGCUGGUCAACGAAUAGAUGGUAGGGAAUAGGAUCAUUCAUGGAGAUUAGUGUGGGUCGAUUUAUUUUGUCAGCAAUUUUUGGGUUCUUCGAAGAGUUUAGGGGUUAGAAAUCGAAUAAAUCUGGUUAAUUUUGAGUUGUAGGUUAUGGCAUAUACCUUUUCGCUACAGAAGCUAGAAACUUAAGCUCUAUAGAAACCCACGUAGUGAAAUUAUAACAUUUAUGUCAUGUGAUAAAUUUUAAAUGGAUAUUCAGUAUUUAAUCAAAUUGAUAUUUCGAAGCUUACACCUAUAGAUUUUUAGAAAAAAGUUACUAGAAAAUGAUUUCCAAGGACUAAGUAAGACCACCCAAACUGCGUAAAUCGACCCACUCUAAUGCAGGUGCUGCACGUAACCCGAAUCCCGACUCACUCAACGAGGCACCAAAACUAACCAUAGAACCUCAACCACUUACGAUUAACCUGUACAUAUAACCACGCUUAGAGCUUUCCUCUCUCAAGGUCCCACUCUUUUCUUUAUCUGUACUGCACGCACACACACACUCAAAAGAAAACGACAUCUGUGUUAAUUAAUUUAAUGCUUAAUCACAUCCAAAUGUAACAUAAUUUAUAAAUCGAAACACUGUGCAAUUAGCGCUUAGAAUAAGUUCAUUUGGGGUACUCACUGCCGCACAAAAUGUAGAUUGCGUAAGUGAUUGGGGAGAAAUCGAUUCACGUAUUAAUCUUGCCAUAUUAACAAAAAGUAAAUUAAUUAACAUCUCUGUUCAUCACUUGGAGCUCCCCAUUUGGCCCCUUAGCGUAAUUUAUACCAAUAAAAAAUAACGAUAGCCGUUUUUUGGCCAAUAGCUGUUCAUUUCCGAAGAAUGAAUACCCGUUGCCUAAAAACUUUAGCCAUGUAAUGCGAAAAAUGUUAUUGUUAAGCAGU